CAACAGCGAAUGCUGGUUAGAUGAAUGCUUGAAGUCAGUUUGGGAGCAAGAUUUUAAAGGAACUAUGGAGCUAUCAGUUUUCAAUGAUGCCAGUAAGGACGGUUCAGCUGAAAUAAUUGAAAAAUGGAAGAUCAAGUUGGAAGAUGCUGGUGUCCCAGUAAUCAUUGGUAGAAAUGAUUCAUCUCAACCUCGAGGCGUUGGAUUUGCUAAAAAUCAAGCAGUAAUUCAGAGCUCAGGAACCUACCUCUGCUUUCUGGAUUCAGAUGAUGUGAUGAUGCCACAGCGGGUUAGACUGCAGCACGAAGCUGCCAUUCAACACCCAAACAGUAUUAUUGGUUGCCAGGUCAGAAGAGAGCCACUGGAGUCUACUGAACGGUAUACUCGUUGGAUCAAUAAUCUGACUGAAGAACAACUUCUUACACAGGUGUUUACCUCCCAUGGACCUACUGUGAUCAUGCCAACCUGGUUCUGUUCUCGAGAAUGGUUUUUUCACGUGGGAAAAUUUGAUGAGGGUGGAAAGGGUAUUCCAGAAGAUCUGUUGUUUUUUUAUAAACAUAUCCAAACGGGCGGUGAAGUCUUUCGAGUAAACCAUUGCCUCCUGCUGUACCGUUACCAUCCACAGGCUGCAACUCAUUCCGUCCUAGAGGGAACCAUCUGGAAUCACCGAGUCAGGUUUCUUGAAGACAGAGUCCUGAGCUCCUGGACAUCAUUCACCAUUUGGAAUGCUGGCAAGCAAGGCAAGAAGCUCUACAGAAGCUUGUCACCAGCUAAUCAGAAAAAGGUAACUGCGUUUUGUGAUGUUGAUGAAAAGAAAAUAACAAAAGGAUUCUACACCUAUGAAGAAUCUGAGGAGAGACCAAAACCAAAAAUUCCUAUAUGUCACUUCAAAGACGCAACUCCACCUUUCAUUAUCUGCGUGAAGCUGGAUUUGACAGGUGGAGCAUUUGAAACAAACCUGAGCACGCUGAACUUGAAGGAAGGGAUGGAUUAUUAUCACUUUAACUGAAAACCAAGCGCAC